UGUUUCGUGUUUUUUUCUUUAUAUAUACAAGUCCCAUUUCGUUCUUCCACUCCUCUCUUGCUCAGCCAGUCGAUCGGCUUUUUUCAUCCUUUUGCUCAUUCACCAAAACCCGUUUUUCUCGGGGUCCGACCCGGGUGGACAGCAAGAAGACAACUCCGUGCAGUUCUACAGAGGGUUCAACUCCCGAGGAGAGUUUUGUUCUUCUUUUUGGACAUUUGCUGUGUCUUGUCUUGUCUUUUCUUGUCUUCUAGCUGUCUGGUAAAGUUCUUUACCACUUCCCUCCUCUUGUUUCGGAGCAAUCUCGGUAUCCGGGCCCAAAAACUUUGUAAUUUGGGAGAGGCCCGACGACAUCCUAAAUCGACUGAAAGUUUUUAAGGCUAGAACAAAAAUCAGGAGACUAUGAAUACUUUUCCACAUGUUCCUCCUGGUUUCCGGUUCCAUCCCACCGAUGAAGAACUCGUAGAUUAUUACCUUAGGAGGAAGGUGACUUCCAGACAGAUCGAAAUAGAUGUAAUUAAGGAUGUCGAUCUUUACAAAAUCGAGCCUUGGGAUCUUCAAGAAAUAUGCAGAAUAGGAACAGAAGAGCAAAAUGAGUGGUACUUUUUCAGCCACAAAGACAAGAAAUACCCAACGGGGACACGCACGAAUAGAGCAACAGCAGCAGGGUUCUGGAAAGCAACGGGACGGGACAAGGCCAUUUACUCCAAGCAUGAUUUGAUCGGCAUGAGGAAAACUCUAGUGUUUUACAAAGGAAGAGCUCCUAAUGGCCAGAAAUCAGACUGGAUUAUGCACGAAUAUCGGCUGGAGACAGACGAGAAUGGAACCCCUCAGGAAGAAGGCUGGGUUGUAUGUAGAGUUUUCAAGAAAAGAAUAGCCUCCAUCAGGAGACUAAGUGAACACGGCUCGCCCAUUUGGUACGACGAUCAAGUUUCUUUCAUGCCGGAAAUGGAUUCCCCAAAGCAGCAUUCUCACUCCAGUCUCCCAUACAACUACUCUAAUUACACUUCUUGCAAGAAAGAGAUGGAUUUGCAGUAUGGAAUCCCACCUGAUCACUUUCUUCAGCUCCCCCUUUUGGAGAGCCCCAAAAUGCUGCAGCCACCAACCAGCAUGAGCUGCAACCCACUGCAGACGUCCUACGGCCCCGGCCUGAACUUGAACCCCGGAAGCAAUUUGCUCUCUCAAGACAUCCAUCAAACACUUGAUCACAACUUCCACUCAAUGUUCAGAAACAAUAGUGAUCAACAGUCUGGGGAUCAGGUGACUGACUGGAGGGUUCUUGACAAGUUCGUGGCAUCCCAACUCAGCCAGGAAGAGAUUUCAAAGGGAAACGACACGUUCCCUGCGAACGAAGAAUCGAAUUUGAUUGCUAGAAAUCUGAUCAACAAGCAAGAAAUGGCACAGGAGAUUGCGUCGACGUCGUCCUCAAGUUGCCAGAUUGAUCUGUGGAAGUGAUCAUCAUCAGUACUGCCAAAAGCAAUGCAAGACUACUGUAUAUGUAUGAUAUUGCAUGGGGGAGAAGAUUUGUUAUAUAUACAGUUUCUUGUAUAUAAUAAAACUGAAAUUAUAACCUAACUAUUGAUCUUUGGAAUACUAGGAUUUUAAGUUAACGACAAAAAACCAAGUAGGGAAGAAAUUGUUCUUGUAAGAUAACGUGUUGUAGUGGAACUACAUAUGAAAGCAUAAUUGUCAUGAUCUGAUGAUAACCACAGUGCUGUUUAUGAUGUUAAUCUGUGGUUGAUCGAAGAUCUUUGUAAUGCGUGUCAUGUACUGAGUA